AGGGCAAGUGUGGAAAUUACAAGAAAGUUCUGUACACAGAUCCUUAUGGUGUUCCCAUUUCUCUUGUUGUUCAUCCAUGUCCAUGGCUUUCCCUCAGGACCAGUUUCAACGUCACUACCAAACCCAACAACACCACCAUCCACAAACCAAGCCUUUCAGGGAUUUGCUAACAAUUGAUGGUCAGAUGCAGCAGCAGCAGCAGAUAGCAUUUUACAACCCUAGUGAUCUACAAGAUCAGACUCAUCAUCAUCAUCCACCCUACAAUCCUCCCUUUCAUGUUGUUGGGUUUGCUCCGGGUCCUGUGCUUCCUGCUGAUGGCAGUGAUGGUGGCCUUGACUUGCAAUGGAAUUAUGGUUUGGAACCAGAGAGGAAGAGAAUAAAAGAACAGGAUUUUUUGGAGAACAAUUCUCAGAUAACUUCGGUUGAUUUCCUGCAACCUCGAUCUGUUUCAACUGGGUUGGGAUUGUCACUUGAUAAUACCCGCCUGGCUUCCACUGGGGACUCGGCUUUGUUGUCACUUAUCGGUGAUGACCUCGAUCGCGAGUUACAGCAGCAGGAUCUGGAGAUGGAUAGAUUUCUCAAAGUGCAGGGUGAACGAUUGCGACAAUCAGUACUCGAGAAGGUUCAGGCAUCUCAACUUCAGAGUCUUUCAAUCAUUGAAGACAAAGUCCUGCAGAAACUCCGUGACAAAGAAGCUGAGGUAGAAAACAUCAAUAAGAGGAAUAUGGAACUUGAAGAUCGAAUGGAGCAGCUAGCUGUUGAAGCAGGUGCCUGGCAGCAGCGAGCCAGGUACAACGAGAACAUGAUUGCUGCUCUCAAAUAUAACCUUCAACAAGCAUAUGUCCAAAGCAGAGAUAGUAAAGAAGGAUGCGGCGACAGUGAGGUAGAUGAUACGGCUUCCUGCUGCAAUGGCCGCACCCUCGAUUUUCAUCUGCUCUCCAAGGGAAAUUCCGACAUGAAAGAGAUGAUGACAUGUAAGGCUUGCAGGGUCAAUGAAGUGACCAUGGUUCUAUUACCUUGUAAGCAUCUUUGCCUCUGUAAAGAUUGUGAAAGUAAGCUUAGCUUUUGUCCUCUAUGCCAAUCCUCUAAAUUUAUCGGCAUGGAGGUCUUCAUGUAACUGGAUAUUUUACUUUGACCACUUGAAGUCUCUAAUAUUUAUAUUAGAAGUUAUGUAAGUCUUUUUCUCUUGUUGCUGAUCAUAGUUUUAUUCAACCUCUGUAAACUUGUAUUAUCCCUAAGGACCAUGGCACCUUAUUUAGAACAGUAGUAAAUUUUGGAAAGAUGUUUAUUAAA